ACAGUUGUAAGUAAGUAAGUAAGCACUCGCCACUCUCUCUCUUAAAUUACUUUUAUUAUAGCAUAUAGGUAUAGCACCAGUAAUCGGUGCUAGCGGUAGAAGAAGCAGUGGUGGCGUUGACUCUUAAAUUUACUUUUAUAGCAUAUAUCUCCCUGGUCAGAUCUAACUUUGAGGCGGUGGCGUUGACUCUAUUGACAGACCAUGCGUACUUUUACUUUCUACGAUAGAAUCUCUCGAUCAUUUCAUCAACAUUCAUCUCUCUCUAAGCUACUUGUCGUCCUCACCGUCAGUGGUGGAGGCAUUGCUGCUUAUGCAGAGCCCAAAUCACCUGGAGUAAACCUCAUCAAUACCACAGAGGGAGAUGGAGAUGGCAAGAAAAAGAAGGUUGUGGUACUUGGAACUGGCUGGGCUGGAAUUAGUUUCUUGAAGAAUUUGAAAAAUCCAUCAUAUGAUGUCCAGGUGAUUUCACCUAGAAAUUAUUUUGCAUUCACCCCUUUGUUGCCUAGCGUCACGUGUGGCACAGUGGAACCUCGCAGCGUUGUAGAACCAAUUCGGAAGAUUGUUAAAAAGAAAAAUUUGGACGUUGUAUUCUCAGAAGCUGAAUGCAUUGGCAUUGAUGCACAAAAUAAAAAGGUAUACUGCCGGUCUAACCUUGACAGCAAUUUAAACGGGGAAGAAUUCGCUGUGGACUAUGAUUUCCUUGUGAUAGCUGUGGGAGCACGUGUUAACACAUUCAAUACACCCGGUGUUGUUGAACAUUGCCAUUUCUUGAAGGAAGUUGAAGAUGCUCAGAGGAUCCGAAAGACAGUUAUUGAAAAAUUUGAAGAGGCUAGCCUGCCUAGUUUGAGCGAUGAAGAAAGGAAGACGAUUCUUCAUUUUGUGGUUGUUGGUGGUGGACCGACUGGUGUAGAGUUUGCAGCAGAACUUCAUGAUUUUGUUAAAGAAGACUUAACCAAAUUGUACCCUAAGGUCAAGGAUAUUGUAAAGAUAACACUUCUCGAGGCAGCAGAUCAUAUUCUUAACAUGUUUGAUAAGAGAAUAACUGCAUUUGCAGAAGAGAAGUUUCACAGAGAUGGUAUAGAUCUAAAAACAGGGUCAAUGGUUGUUAAAGUGUCUGAUAAAGAAAUAUCUACGAAAGAAAGGAAUGGGGAAAUCUCUUCAAUGCCAUAUGGAAUGGUAGUGUGGUCAACUGGUAUUGGAACUCGGCCUCUCAUAAUGAAUUUCAUGAAGCAAAUUGGUCAGACAAACAGACGGGCCUUGGCAACAGAUGAAUGGCUGCGUGUUGAGGGAUGUGACAAUAUAUACGCAGUUGGAGAUUGUGCGACGAUUAAUCAGCGAAAAGUCAUGGAAGAUAUAGGUGCAAUAUUCAGCAAAGCAGACAAGGACAAAUCAGGAACACUAACAGUAAAAGAGUUCAAGGAAGUGAUUGAUGAUAUAUGUGAAAGAUACCCUCAAGUUGAGCUUUACUUGAAGAGUAAAGAUAUGGGAGGUAUAGUUGACCUUCUGAAGGAAUCCAAUGGGGAUGUAAAGAAGGAAGCCAUUGAACUGAGUAUAGAAGAAUUUAAGAGUGCUCUCUCCCAGGUCGACUCCCAGAUGAAAAAUCUUCCAGCUACAGCUCAGGUGGCUGCUCAACAAGGAUUAUACCUGGCGAAAUGUUUUAAUCGCAUGGAGGAGUGCGAGAGAGAUCCAGAAGGACCAAUUCGGUUCAGGGGAGAAGGUCGCCAUAGGUUUCGUCCAUUCAGGUACAAGCAUCUUGGGCAAUUUGCUCCUCUGGGAGGAGAACAAACAGCUGCACAACUUCCAGGAGAUUGGGUCUCAAUUGGGCAUAGCACUCAGUGGCUUUGGUAUUCUGUGUAUGCAAGCAAGCAAGUAAGCUGGCGUACAAGAGCAUUGGUGAUAUCAGACUGGAUGAGACGUUUCAUAUUUGGAAGGGAUUCAAGUGGAAUCUAAUUACCUAAAGGGGUGGUGGUGGUGGUGGUUUGAUAUUACUAUUAUUAUUGUAUCACACACAUUAUUGACGUGUGUUCCUCCCUCGCAGGUACAUGUUUUCUUGACCUAAUUAUACUAAUACUACUACUACUCUAAUAAUAAUUGAGUCAUGUGUAGAUGAUAUGCAUAAAGCUGUCAUCAUACAUAUGUGCUAGUAGUCAUGUCUUGUCGAAUAAUAAUAGCUUUGCUUGCUCCCACUUUUAUCAUUUUUUCAGGUGGUUAA